CUUCAGUUCUGGUUCCAUAGACCUCUUUUUUCCUCCCUCCAUGAGCUACUUUAGAGUAAGGAUAACCGGAAGAAGCUGAAGGUUGGAGAUAAUAGUGUCUUCACUGGUUGGGAGCAGUAUAGUUCUCUCAGAUCUUAAUUUGUUAUGUUUGAGAGCUCUCUGUGAGCCAGCCGCUGUUUUAAGCACUCGAGGUUAGUACUUUGUUUAGCUCAUGCCCAGUUGAGAAAAGUAAAACGCGCUAAGACAUUUAAGAGCAGCUCUAAUGGAAUACUGUGCUAGAAUGUGAAGAAACGCCGGGAAAUAAGAGAAACCUCUCCAAUUAGGCUAGAGUCGCGCGCGUGUUGGAGAUCAGGGAUGACCCCCCUCUACCUCUACACCUUUCGGAGCUCGGGCCUCCUAUCUGCCUCAGGGCCUCAAAGUGUCUCCUAGAUUAAAGCAACCUGAACCUCCCAACAGAAGCCUACCUACCAUGGAACUACUAGGAGCAGAAACAGAGACGGCCGAGCUACCGACGUGCGCACGCGCAGGCUCUCGCCCCGCCCUCAGCGCAGCACUGCCACUCCAGUCCUCCAGGGGCCGCUGUGGUAUUCUCGCGAGCUUCGCGCAGCCGUAGUCGGGCGGAAGCGGCUUUCUGGCCUGCGCUUUAAUAGGCCUCUCUUGUGCUUCCUGUUUCCUCUUUUACCGAGACCCGUCAACAUGGGCCGCGUUCGCACCAAGACCGUGAAGAAGGCGGCCCGGGUCAUCAUCGAGAAGUACUACACGCGCCUGGGUAAUGACUUUCACACCAAUAAGCGCGUGUGCGAGGAGAUCGCCAUCAUCCCCAGCAAAAACCUUCGGAACAAGAUAGCCGGCUAUGUCACGCAUCUGAUGAAGCGGAUUCAGAGAGGUCCUGUGAGAGGCAUCUCCAUCAAGUUGCAGGAAGAAGAGAGGGAGAGGAGAGAUAAUUAUGUUCCUGAGGUCUCAGCCCUAGAUCAGGAGAUCAUUGAGGUAGAUCCUGACACCAAGGAAAUGCUGAAGCUUCUGGACUUUGGCAGUCUCUCCAACCUCCAGGUCACUCAGCCUACGGUUGGGAUGAAUUUCAAAACACCACGUGGAGCUGUUUAAUCCGUUAUGCCAUAUUUUCAAUAAACCUGAAAACAAG